AUGCAGUCUUUAAUUCUUUCAGAGCCAUGUAGGGCACAGUUCUUGGGUAAUUUUACCUGUUAUGAUGAAUAUUCCAUUAACAGAGAGGAUGAUGAAGACUAUUGUGUAGCCUGGGAGUCUCUCCCCUGUGUCAGAGGGCAAGCUGUAUAUAAUUUGACAUCUGCUGCCUGGAAUUUUGUGUCGUCUGUUGAUAUUUGGGGACUUCCGGUCACAGGACUACAUUCUACCUAUGGCGGUGGUGGAUACAUAGCAGAAUUCAUUGUAAACUACAACAUAUCACGUCUAGUUCUCAAUGAUUUGUAUAAAUACACAUGGAUAGAUCGUAGAACGAGAGCCAUAUUUACAGAAUUCACAUUGUACAACGUAGAUGAUAAUGUUUUUGUUUUCAUCACGUUUUUAACAGAAUUUCCGGAAACAGGUGGGGUCAUUGCUAGUACUUUGAUUAAACCGUUUCGACCUUACCAACAUGUCGGUAAUCUUGGCAUGUUCAUCUUUAUUUGUGAAAUUAUUGUUCUUAUUGGAAUAAUUGUAUUUUCUGUUCAUAAAUAUAUUUGGUUUCGGAGAUACGGUAAGAAAAUGUGGAAAGAAUUUUGGCAUGUUAUUGACAUAUUAAUUAUAAUUUUAUUCUUUGUUGCUACCGUAAUGUAUAUUGGAAGAUGGAUAAUGAUUAAUAUGGCAAUGAAAGAAUGGGAAAAUCAUAAGAAUAAAUUCGUCAACUUCAGUCAUAUUGCGUCUUGGGACGAGUUGUUUAACAUUUUCUUGGCAUUUAUUAUAUUUCUGACAACUAUCCGAAUCAUGCGAGUUCUCAGUUACAAUGACAGAAUAAAUCAAUUUGGACAGGUUCUUGCUCAUGUGAGCCGUGAUCUUUGUGGAUGUUUUGUAAUGUUUAUUAUGGUGUACGUAGCCUUUGUAACUUUUGGACAUUUAAUAUUUGGCAGGCAUCUAGAAACAUACAAAAACUUAUUUGUGUCAUCAACAACAUUGGUUAACGCUAUUAUCGGUAAAAACAGCAUCAAAGAUUUGUUUUCUGUGGAGCCAGUUCUGGGUAGAGCCUAUUACUUUUUCUUCGUUUUGUUUUUGUUGUGGAUUUUAAUGACGAUGAUGAAUGCUACAUUAAACGUAGGUAUUACAAUAGUUAGGAAAAAGCCGGUGCGAUCCACAUAUGGCAUCGUUAACAUAGUAGCAAGCUUCUGGAGAGAGGCUGUUGGUCACAUUGUUGCAUCAAAUAAUACCACAACAAAAGACAGGCUGAAGUUAUCACGUAAUUAUAUAUCAAGUAAGAAAUUUACAAAGACAAUAGUAGUAACACGUCAGGAUGAGACACAACAGGUCGAUAUUGUAAAACCGACAGAAGACUUACCGAAAAAGAAAGAACGAGCAAGACGUAUUUAUCAGUAA